AUGCCUGCUUCGGGAGGAGAUCCAGUCAGUGCUACGUUAAGGUUAGCUUUUUCGCCUGGCUCAAAGAACGGAGAUCUUGACUGCGGAAUUGAAACAUCUGCAAAACGUGCUUUGCUUACUCGAAUAGAAUUCGAACCGGCAAACAAUUAUCAAUCAUCGGUUUUAAACACACUUAAGUCUAAGUAUAUUGUAGUGAAUACAAAGCCUGUUUCGAACAAUAAUAAAACUGUUAAUGGAGCUAAUGUAAACAAUAAAAAAGCAAAUAAUAUUACAUUACCAGUGCCAAAAUUUACGUUGUUCCCUCCCGAGAGAGUUCAACUUGGUUAUCGUGGAAAUAUGUCCGUUGGUUCAGGAAUGUCAAAUAUGGGCAAUACUUGUUACCUUAAUUCUACCUUACAAGCUCUGUUUCAUGUUCCUGCUCUAGUCAACUGGCUUUUAAGUGAAACAUCUCAUCAAAAUUGUGUACAAAAUAGUGAUUAUCAAAUGCACCCCGAUGAUAUCACUUGUUCUGUCAUUAAAACACUCAAGUGUUCUCAACAAAAAACUGGAAAUUGCAUGAAGCCCAUAAGUGUUUAUUCUAAAUUAAAAGCAAUAUGUAAACAUCUCAGUCAUGGGUCACAAGAAGAUGCGCAUGAAUUCAUGAGGUAUUUACUAGAAAGUUUGGAGAAAAAUUAUUUAACUAGGUUUCAAGGUCACAAGUUAGAUAGUACUUCAAAAGAGACUACACCUAUAAAUCAAAUAUUUGGCGGAUACAUCAGGACAGAAGUUGUGUGUUUGUCAUGUCGAGCUGUUUCAACAACUUUCCAACAUUUCCAAGACUUGCCAUUGGACAUAAGAAAAGCAUCAACGCUUAAUGAUGCUUUGGCAGGUUAUUUUGAAAGAGAAAGACUGCCUGAUGGUGAGGAUGCUUAUAAUUGUGAAAAAUGUAAUAGAAAAGUUUCUGUGUAUAAAAAAUUUACCAUAGAAAAACCACCAAAUGUUCUCUGUGUUCAGCUUAAAAGGUUUAGUAUGACUAAUGGUAAAAUUACAAAACAAGUUCAACUGCCGCAGUAUCUUGAUAUAACAAGGUUUAUUAGUACUAGUAUUCAUCCCAGGCAUCCUGUUAAAUACAAGUUGGUAUCAAUGAUUACUCACAUGGGGCAAUCUGUAAAUUGUGGCCAUUACACUGCUAUUGCUCUUGCAGCAAAUGGGUCUUAUUACCAAUUUGAUGAUAGUUCUGUAAGGCAAAUUCCUUUAAGCACUGUCCUUAGCAUGAGUGCUUAUUUAAUUUUGUACGAAAUGGAAAGACCUUUUCAAACAGUAAAUCCGAGACCCUUCACAUCUAUUUCCUCCACAGUUUGGAAUGGGAAUUUUAACUGUGGAGAAGAAGAAGAACCAUGGCCUCAAACUGAUUCUAAUCCAGUUUCGAAUUUUUCAAAUGAAAUUAAAAACAAAAGGUAA